UUAUAUUGAAAUUUUGAAUGAUGAUGAAUAUUAUGAUGUUAAAAUUGAAGUCGGUAAAGAUCCAAACGUAGAAAUAUUCCGUGCGCACAUGAUUAUCCUGUGUUACCGUUCACCAUAUUUUCGAAGAACUUUGUCUUUAAAUAAAAAGAGUAAUGACGGUGAUUUAGUUCACAUCAAGUUACCGAAUAUCUCUCCAGAAAUUUUCAAGAUUCUUUUAACAUAUGUCUAUGGCGGUAUCAUUUCAUUAAAUGAACGAGAAAUUUCAGAAAUUAUAUAUAUAUUGUCUGCUGCUGAUCAACUUCACCUUCAAGAAUUAAUUGAAUAUUUACAAAAAUAUUUGAUUAAUAAUAAAGUUAAAUGGAUGGAACAACAUUUUGGACUUGCCUAUCGGACAAGUUUUCAAUCUAAUUCUUUAUUAGAACUUCAGCAAUUUUGUAUAGAUUGCAUAACUAAAUUGCCUCAACAAAUAUUCAAAUCAUUUGAUGUUACUAUAUUUUCAGAAAAAUCUUUGAUUUCACUUAUUAAAAGAGAUGAUUUACAAAUGCGAGAAAUUGAAAUUUGGGAGCAUGUAUUAAAAUGGGGUCUUACACAAAAUCCAACUCUUGUUUCAGAUCCUGAUAUUUGGACAGACAAUGAUUUUAAAGUAAUGGAGAAUACCUUACAACAUUGUUUACCUUUAAUUAGAUUUUUUAGCUUAUCAUCUGAAGAAUUUUUACAAAAAGUUCAUCCAUAUAAAAAACUUUUGAAACCUCAACUUUAUGGCGAAUUAUUUAAAUCUUAUUUGGACUCUAAUGCUGAACCAAGUAAUGAUAUAUUACUUUCCUAGAUAUAGAAAUAUUGAUGGGAUUAUUGAUUCAAAAAUUGUAAAUUUACAUAUCGUUUCUUUAAUUUCAAGGUGGAUUGAUAAAAUAGAUAUUAAAAGCAAAUUUGCUUAUACAAGAGAAUUAUAUUUACCAUAUAAAUUUAAAUUAUUAUUAAGAGGAAGUGAUAAUGGAUUUACUCCUAAAAAGUUCCAUGAAUUAUGUGAUAAUAUACCUCAUACUGUUACACUAAUUAAAGUAAAAGGGACAGAAGAAAUUCUUGGAGGAUAUAAUCCUUUAGUAUGGAAGUCACAUAAAAAUGGCGAGUAUGGAAAAACAAAAGAUAGUUUUAUAUUUUCUUUUAAAAGUAAAAAUAAUUU